AUGUCCAGUUAUACACCAUCAUCGGGUAGGAGACGUGCUAUCUCCAAAAAUGUAGCAGAAGAAAAAGUUUUUGAUAAAAUAACAAAAGAUGCAGAAGAAAGAAUGGUUAAGAAACGUCUGGCUCGGGAGGAAGCAAGGCAAAUACGAAUGGAACAACUGGAAAAACAGAUACGUGCAGGUGAUAAUAAUUAUACAGAUGAAACGAGGAGAGGAUCUGUUACCUCUAAUAAGAAUGCUUCUAUGGAAUACAGUGAUGAGAAUGAAGAAAUUGAAAAUUUAAAGGAUAAGGUUCUUGAAUUAGAAGAUAAAUUUCAACGUGCAAUGUAUAUGUAUUCCCAAUUGGAUAACGAAAAAUCAGCCUUAUUAUAUGAAAUAGAUUUAUUAAAAGAUGAGAUGGAAGAAAAAGAUAUUAUCGUUCAUCAGGCAAUGCAUGAGUGUCGUGAAUUAACGAGUGAAGUUAAAACCUUAAAAAGGACCAUAGAAGGAUUACUGGCAACACAGCAGGCUUUAAAAAAUGACAUCGAAAUUAGAGAUAAUAUUAUUAAUGAAAAUGGUUUAGUAUUGGUAGAACAGGAGGGCAAUGAUGAAAUGUCAGAAGUUUCUGGAACCAGUUCACACGAGUCUUCAUUACAAUUACCAAUAACUAAGCCAUUAGUAUUCUCUCAAAAGACAUUAGGAUUAGUUGAGAAAAGUGUUCCCGGUAGUAGUAGCAUUGAUGAGAAGGUUAAAAAAUUAAUUGAUAUGAAUAAAAAAAUGCGUCAACAACUGGAGGAGGCUGAACAAACAUUGUACUCCUCUAGAAGAGCCCGCCAAUCCGAGCAGAUAUCUUCAUCCACCAUUGGACCAUCUAAUGAUGAUGGAGCAAGAGAAAAUUGCAAACAAAUUGGUGAACUAAGAUUUAAAUUGCAAGAAGUUGAACGUGAAAACACAAAUCUUCAGGGUAGUGUUAUGAGGUUAGAAAGUCAAAUGAAAAGAUACAAGGGAAAUGCUGAGCAAUUAGAAGUAGAAGUAGCUGAAAUCAAAUCUCAAAAUAGGCAACUUAAAAAAGAGUUGCGUGACAAGGAGAAUGCUUUAGAUGAGGCCAAGGAAACGAGUAAACAUCUUCAAUCUCGUUUAGACAAACUCCGGAACAACAGAAGAGGAUUAUAA